CCAGCUAUGAAUCAGUUAAUCACAGUCUUAAUCCUGGCCUAUGCACUGAAUACAGUCAACUCAAUUAAAAUUUCUGCUUUCAACAUUAAAGCCUUUGGAGACAGCAAAAUGUCAAAUGCCACCAUCGCUAACAUCAUUGUUAAUCUUGUUCGAAGGUACGACACUAUCCUAAUACAAGAAGUCCGUGAUGCUGACUUGAAUGCUGUCAGGACCUUAAUGAACAAACUCAAUAGUUCCUCUAAACAAACCUACUCGUACACUGUCAGUGAUCCACUCGGACGCAGUACCUAUAAAGAAAGAUAUCUCUUUGUGUACAGAAAUUCAGUAGUGUCUGUAGUCAACAGUUAUCUCUACAAUGAUGGUUCUGAGAAGACUGGUCAUGACAUUUUCAGUCGGGAACCAUUUCUUGUGAAAUUUUCUUCACGCUAUUCAGACAUUCCUGACUUCAUUAUCAUGCCACAGCACACAUCACCUCCAUCAGCAGUAGAGGAAAUAGAUGCCCUGUACGAUGUCUUUCUUGAUGCCAGGACAAGGUUGGGAACUGACAACAUGCUGAUCAUGGGUGAUCUAAAUGCAGAUUUUUCUUAUGUUAAACCAACUGACUGGGCUCAUAUUCGCCUACGCAAGGACAGCCAGUUCCAAUGGCUUAUUCCGGAUUCUGCAGAUACUACUUCCAUCACUACAAACUGUGCUUAUGACAGAAUCAUAGCUGUUGGCUCAGAUAUGAAAAACGCUGUAAUUGAUGGAUCAGUUGGUAUUUAUAAUUUCACUAAAGUUUUCAGUCUCAACACUAAAAUGACACUCACAGUUAGUGACCAUUAUCCAGUGGAAGUAAGUCUUGGUACUGCUUAA